AUGGGUUACGAGGCUAGCAGAUUUGGGUAUGUUGCUUCUACCAAUGAGUACAAAGUAGUACGAAUAAUGUACGUUAACAAGAACAAGACUGAUAGAGAAGUUUAUAUAUACACUCUAGGGAGUGGCCAUGGAUGGAGAAACCUUGGGAAGUUCACAUUUGGAAACGAAGAGCAGUUGGUAAAAGGUGUCUUUGUCGAUGGAGCUCUUCAUUGGCUGGACUAUCAAUUAAAGAAGAUGGUUACCUUCGAUUUGGCCGAGGAAAAGUUUUGUAAACAUAUUUCACCUCCUUUGCCACCAGAUGAUGAUUUUGAUGGCACUUAUCAACUAGGGGUUUUUGAUGGGGAGUUUAGGGUGUAUGAAAACGGAUUGUUCGCUGUUACGAAGAGUGGUGAUGUCUUAACUUACCGGAAUCACCAUAUCAACAUUCACAACUUGGAAGCUUUGACCUCAAAAGUGAUUGUGGAUGUUAAAGAAUAUUUUCGUGAAGUAUUCCCUCACAAGAACACCUUAAUUUCGUUGAAAGAAUUAGGGGAAGAAGAUGCAAAGAUAAUGGAGUCAGUUGAAACUGAGGAGACUGACAGAAAGCAAUGA